UAUAACAUAAAAGCCACAAAGUCUCCAUAAACUCUUCGAAAUUUUCCUUCAAAAGCAAAGCAAAUCAGUGAAAAUGUCUGUUUCCAUUUUCUUCUUCACACUUCUACCUUUACUAUUCCACUCUUCUCAUUGCACCACCAUCACAGUUGAUGGAUCUUCAGAGUGGAAGAACCCCACUGUUCACGUCGGAGAUUCCAUCAUUUUCAAUCACAAGCAACACUACAACAUCUACAUUUUCAAGAACCAGAAUGCCUUUGAUCUCUGCAAUUUCACACAAGCCACUCUUCUCUCCAAUCCCAACACUGCCUCCUACACUUGGCAUCCAUCACGACCUGGUUUCUUCUACUUUAGCUUCAAUGAUGGGUCUCUCAUGGCAUGCCAAGCUUCUGAGAAGCUAGCCAUUGAGGUGACCUCAGCGGUUUUAGCAGCCACACCUGAAGGUUCAGCAAUGUCACCAUCUCCUUUGUUUUCAUGGCAUUUUAAUACUCUGCAUGAGGGUUCACCUGCUCCUUCACCUUCAUCAAGUGUGGCAACAGCUCCAUUGGUACCAUAUAAAAGUGGCAGCGUGCCCUUCAUCACCAGUAACCCUGCAGUGCCUCUUCCCACCGAUGAAGUUGACUCUGCUACUUUACACCCUCUUCCCACCUCUUGUAGCCAUCAACAACAGGUGAUGAUUGGAUCAUUUGGACUUGUAGUAGCUGUGCACACCAUUACUUCACUGCUGCUUUAAAUUGAGUGAGAUAGAGAGAGUGUGAAUAGGGUUUCACCAUUACUUCACUGCUGCUUUAAAUUGAGUGAGAUAGAGAGAGUGUGAAUAGGGUUUCACCAGUGACUCUUAUUGAGUCUAAAGGUAGCUAUAAGAAAUUAUUAUACCAUGUAUCAAGAUGCUCUUACACUAUCUUUCAAUUGGUGUUUGCCAUUUUUCUUCUUCUUGGAUUCUGGAGCAGAAUUCAUUACCAUAUUUGCUUUC